UUAAACAAAAACAAGGAAGAUAUGCUAAGAAUUUUAAUAAACAGCGUUCAGCUGAGGUAUAUAAAAGGCCCCAUGUGGAAGUCACAGCCAAAACUCAGAAACUUCUCCAAAAAACCCACUCUCAACCCAGCUCCUGACACCAUGGCCUGCUGCCACACCAGCUUCUGUGGGUUUCCCAGCUGCUCCACCGGUGGGACCUGUGGCUCCAGCUGCAGCCAGCCAAGCUACUGUGAGACCAGCUGCUGCCAGCCAAGCUACUGUGAGACCAGCUGCUGCCAGCCAAGCUACUCUGAGACUAGCUGCUGCCAGCCAAGCUGCUUUGAGACCAGCUGCUUCAGGACUGGUGGCGGCAUCGUCGGUGGCAUCAGCUCUGGCCAGGGCAGUGGCAGUGGAGCUGUGAGCUACCGUGUCAGGUGGUGCCGCCCAGACUGCCGGGUGGAGGGCACCUCCCUGCCCCCCUGCUGUGUGGCGAGCUGCACCCCCCCAUCCUGCUGCCAGCUGUACCAGGCCCAGGCCUCCUGCUGCCGUCCAUCCUACUGUGGACAGUCCAGCUGCCGCCAAACCUGCUGCUGCCAGCCCAUCUGCUCUGAGUCCAUUUGCUAA